AUGUCAGAUAUAUUAACAUCUUAUUCAUCAUAUGCAAUUGAUGAUCGGAAUGAUACUGAUAAUUUAGAAGCAUUUUUAACAAAACUUGCUCGGUUUGGUAUUGACCAAUGUUUACAUUUUGCACAUUUAAUUGUUAACAAACAACAAUCAUUUCAAAAUUUUUCAACACUUGAUUCUAAAUAUAAAACUUCUGAAGAUCAACAAAUUGAUUUGAAUAAACUUUUGUUGGAAAUACAAACAUUACAAAAUGAAUUUUAUAAUAUAUUAUUAAUUAUAUCAUCAUCAAAUGAUGAAAAAAAACAAUUAUUAUUUAUUAAAUUACAAAAUUAUUUAUCAAAUUUUCUUGAAAUUAAUUUACGUUAUAAAUCAUAUGAAAUAUCUACUAAAGAAAUUCAUUUAAAUAAUUCAAAAUUAACAAAAAAAUUUGAUCAAAGUUUAUCAACAAUAUCUUGUUUAUCUACUAAACCAUCAAUAAUAUUAUCAUCUUCAUUUUUUUCGAAUGACGAUAUUGAUUUAGGAAAAAAUUGGAAAUUUGCACAUAUAAUUCAUACACGUUUUCAAAUGUCUUUAAUUUCAUCUGAUUCAUAUAUGAUUAUAUGUUAUAAUAACCAAAAUAAUUUUCUUCAUUUUAUACGUAUUAGUGGACAAUUUCAAGGAAAUAUUAAAUGGAAAUAUGAACCUAUUAUUGAUAUGCAUUGGUGUUCAUUUAUUAAUCUAUUCAUAGUUGUAACACAUAAUGCUAUUUAUAGUAUUGAAUAUAACAAAUCAAAAUUAUUACCAUCAAAUUCAAUAAUUGUUGAAAAAGUUCUUGAUUUAGAAAAAUUUAAUUCUGCUCGAAUUGCUUGUAAUGAAAAUAAGAUUUUACUUUAUACCAUUUAUCAACAUAAAAGUUUAAUUCAAAUUUAUGAUAAGCAAUUCAAGAAAGAAAAAACAUUUGAUAGUUCAAUCAACAAACAAUUACCGAUCAAUAGUCAUUCAUUUUGUUGUACAAAUACAUUGAUUGGUUUAACAGAAAAAGAUGAAAUACUUAUAUCAUAUUUUCCAUAUAUAACUCCAAAGAAAGUUACAUUACUUCUAUUUGAUAUUGAUACAUUUGAAUUACGUUAUACAAUCGAUUUAAAUAAUUGUUCACAUAUAUAUACAAUGAAAUGUCUUGAAAAAUAUAAUAUAUUCUUUGGUCUUAGUGAUGAAAAAAUUCUAUGGAUUAUUAAAAUUAAUAAUAAUGAAACAAUACAAAUGGCAAAAAAAACAUUCUAUACAGAUCAAACAGAAAUGUGUAUUGUUAAUAAUCAAGAUUUAUUAUUGAUCAAUGUUAAUGCUGGUUAUGCUAUUCAAUUGAUCAAAUAUCUCAUUUCAAAAACUAAUGGAUAUAAUAAAAGAAUAUAUUCAUCUGUAGAAAAUACUCGACCAAUUAUUGGAAUUUUAACUCAACCAACUCCAUCAAUAUGGGGAAAACCAAAUCGUACUACUUAUAUAGCAGCUUCUUAUGUUAAAUAUAUUGAAGCAACUGGUGCUCAAGUUGUACCUAUUCGAAUGUAUCAAUCAAUAGAAUAUUAUUUACAUUUGUUUAAUUCACUAAAUGGAGUACUCUUUCCAGGUGGAGAGUUUGCUAAUGAAUAUCUUUAUGUUGCUAAACUUUUUUAUAUGUGGUCAUUAAAAGAUUUUGAUGAAAUACAAAAAAUUUUUCCUUUAUGGGGAACAUGUCUUGGUUUUGAAGUGUUACUUAUGUUAACAAGAUGUUCAACUGAUAUUAUGGAACCAUGUAGAGGAUAUGAUUAUGCAACAGAACUUACUUUUAUGCCAGAUGCAGCGGAUAGUCGAUUAUUGGGAAAAUCAUUACCAAUAAAUAUAGAAAAUGCCUUACAAAAUGAACCAACAACAGCAAAUUUUCACGAUUUUUGUAUGCGACCAGAAAAUUUCUUAGCUGAUCCUAUAUUAUCAACAUUUUAUAAAGCGUUAACCGUAAGCCCAGAUUUAGAAGGUCAAGCAUUUGUCUCAACUAUUGAAAGUCGUCGUUAUCCAAUUUUUGGUGUUCAAUGGCAUCCAGAAAAGAAUGGAUUUGAAUGGCGAGUAAAUACAACAAUACCUCAUACAAAAGAUUCAGUUGAAGUUAUGCAAUAUAUGGCAAAUUUUUUUACUAAUCAAGCACGUCAAAAUAUGAACCAAUUCAGUUCAUUAGCAGAUGAAUUAAAAUAUCUUAUAUAUCUAUAUACACCAGAAUUUAGCGACUUAGAUACAUCACAUUUUCAACAACUUUAUUUUUUUUAUGAAUAA